CCCAGCCCUCUGAGUGUGGCCCAGCUCUUUGCAAGACCUCGCCCACACGUCCUCCCUAGCUGGCCCUCCCCAGCCAUGGCAGCCUACGGCCAGACGCAGUAUAGCGCAGGGAUCCAGCAGGCACCCCCCUACGCCGCUUACCCACCUCCAGCACAAGCCUACGGGAUCCCCUCUUACAGCAUCAAGACAGAAGACAGCCUGAGCCACUCCCCCAGCCAGAGCGGGUUCCUCAGCUACGGCUCGAGUUUCAGCACCGCGCCCGCCGGACAGAGCCCGUACCCGUACCAGAUGCACGGCUCAUCAGGGCUCUAUCAAGGCGCCAAUGGACUGAGCAGCACAGCCAGCUUUGGGAGCGUGCCCCAGGACUAUCCUUCUUACUCCAGCUUCCCUCAGAGCCAAUACCCCCAGUAUUACAGCUCAUCCUACAGCCCUCCCUACGUCCCCGCCAGCAGCAUCUGCCCUUCGCCCCUCUCCACGUCCACCUACGUCCUCCAGGAGGCUUCUCACAACGUCCCCAACCAGAGUUCCGAGUCACUGGCAGGUGAGUACAACACACACAAUGGACCGUCCACACCUGCAAAAGAGGGAGACACAGACAGGCCACAUCGGGCCUCCGACGGGAAGCUCCGGGGACGGUCAAAGAGGAACAGUGACCCCUCCCCAGCAGGGGACAGUGAGAUCGAGCGCGUGUUCGUGUGGGACUUAGAUGAGACCAUCAUUAUCUUUCACUCGUUGCUCACGGGGACCUUCGCGUCCAGAUUCGGGAAGGACACCACGACGUCCGUGCGCAUCGGCCUGAUGAUGGAGGAGAUGGUCUUCAACCUGGCAGACACCCACCUGUUCUUCAACGACCUGGAGGACUGUGAUCAGAUCCACGUGGAUGACGUCUCAUCUGACGACAACGGCCAGGAUCUAAGCACCUACAACUUCUCCACCGACGGCUUCCACAGCGGGGCACCGGGGACCGGCCUGUGCCUGGGCGCAGGUGUGCAUGGCGGCGUGGACUGGAUGAGGAAGCUGGCCUUCCGCUACAGGCGCGUGAAGGAGAUGUACAACACCUACCGCAACAACGUGGGCGGCUUGAUAGGCACCCCCAAAAGAGAGACGUGGCUACAGUUGCGGGCUGAGCUGGAGGCUCUGACAGACCUGUGGCUCACGCACUCCUUGAAGGCCCUGACCCUCAUCAACUCACGGCCCAACUGUGUCAACGUGCUGGUCACCACCACACAACUGAUCCCCGCCCUGGCCAAGGUCCUGCUGUACGGCCUGGGCUCCGUGUUCCCCAUCGAGAAUAUCUACAGUGCCACCAAGACAGGGAAGGAGAGCUGCUUUGAGAGGAUCAUGCAGCGGUUCGGCCGCAAGGCUGUGUACAUCGUGAUCGGCGAUGGCGCAGAAGAGGAGCAAGGAGCCAAGAAGCACAACAUGCCUUUCUGGAGGAUCUCCUGCCACGCUGACCUGGAGGCGCUGCGCCACGCACUGGAGCUGGAGUACCUAUAGCAGCAUGGCGGGGUGUCGUCCCCUGCUGUCCCCGCA